AUGGUCGCUUUUACAAUUGAACAAAUCCGUGAAUUGAUGGACAAGGUUACGAAUGUUCGUAACAUGUCCGUCAUUGCUCACGUCGAUCACGGUAAGUCUACCUUGACUGAUUCUUUAGUCCAAAAGGCUGGUAUUAUCUCCGCCGCCAAGGCUGGUGAUGCCAGAUUUAUGGAUACCAGAAAGGAUGAACAAGAAAGAGGUAUUACUAUCAAGUCUACCGCUAUUUCUUUAUAUGCUUCCAUGCCAGAAGAAGAUGUCAAGACCAUCGCCCAAAAGACUGAAGGUAACUCUUUCUUGAUUAACUUGAUUGAUUCCCCAGGUCACGUUGAUUUCUCCUCUGAAGUCACUGCCGCCUUGAGAGUCACUGAUGGUGCCUUAGUUGUUGUUGACUGUGUUGAAGGUGUCUGUGUCCAAACUGAAACCGUUUUACGUCAAGCCUUAGGUGAAAGAAUUAAGCCAGUUGUUAUCAUUAACAAGGUUGACAGAGCUUUAUUAGAAUUACAAGUUUCUAAGGAAGAUUUGUACCAAUCUUUCGCCAGAACUGUUGAAUCCGUUAACGUUAUCAUUGCUACUUACGUUGACCCAUCCAUUGGUGAUGUCCAAGUCUACCCAGAGAGAGGUACCGUUGCUUUCGGUUCCGGUUUACAUGGUUGGGCCUUCACCGUCAGACAAUUUGCUACCAGAUACUCCAAGAAAUUCGGUGUUGACAAGCAAAAGAUGAUGGAAAGAUUAUGGGGUGACUCUUACUUCAACCCAAAGACCAAGAAAUGGACUAACAAGGACAAGGACGCUGAUGGAAAGACUUUAGAAAGAGCUUUCAACAUGUUCGUCUUAGACCCAAUCUUCAGAUUGUUCGCUGCUAUUAUGAACUUUAAGAAGGCUGAAAUUCCAACCUUAUUAGAAAAGUUGGAAAUCAACUUGAAGGCUGAUGAAUUAGAAUUAGAAGGUAAGGCCUUAUUAAAGCUUGUUAUGAGAAAGUUCUUGCCAGCUGCUGACGCUUUAAUGGAAAUGAUUGUUUUACACUUACCAUCUCCAGUUACUGCUCAAGCUUACAGAGCCGAAACCUUAUACGAAGGUCCAGCUGACGAUGCUUCUUGUAUCGCCAUCAAGAACUGUGACCCUAAGGCUGACUUAAUGUUGUACGUCUCCAAGAUGGUGCCAACCUCUGAUAAGGGUAGAUUCUACGCUUUCGGUAGAGUUUUCGCUGGUACCGUUAGAUCUGGUCAAAAGGUUAGAAUCCAAGGUCCAAACUACGUUCCAGGUAAGAAGGAUGAUUUAUUCCUUAAGGCUAUUCAAAGAACUGUCUUGAUGAUGGGUAGAAAUGUCGAACAAAUCGAUGACUGUCCUGCUGGUAACAUUGUUGGUUUAGUCGGUGUCGAUCAAUUCUUAUUGAAGUCCGGUACUAUUACCACCAACGAAGCUUCCCACAACAUGAAGGUCAUGAAGUUCUCUGUCUCCCCAGUUGUCCAAGUCGCUGUCGAAGUCAAGAACGCCAACGAUUUACCAAAGUUGGUUGAAGGUUUAAAGAGAUUGUCCAAGUCCGAUCCAUGUGUCUUAACCUUGAUGAACGAAGCCGGUGAACAUAUUGUCGCUGGUACCGGUGAAUUACAUUUGGAAAUUUGUUUAGCUGAUUUACAAAACGAUCACGCUGGUGUUCCAUUAAAGAUCUCUCCACCAGUUGUUUCUUACAGAGAAACUGUUGAAGGUGAAUCAUCAAUGGUUGCUUUAUCUAAGUCUCCAAACAAGCAUAACAGAAUUUACGUUAAGGCUCAACCAAUUGACGAAGAAGUCUCCUUAGCUAUUGAAUCCGGUAAGAUCAACCCAAGAGAUGAUUUCAAGGCCAGAGCUAGAAUCAUGGCUGAUGAAUUCGGUUGGGAUGUCGCUGAUGCCAGAAAGAUCUGGUGUUUCGGUCCAGACGGUAACGGUCCUAAUUUGGUUGUUGACCAAACCAAGGCUGUUCAAUACUUAUCAGAAAUUAAGGAUUCUGUUGUCGCUGCUUACCAAUGGGCUACUAAGGAAGGUCCAGUUCUUGGUGAAAACGUCAGAUCUCUUAGAGUUAACAUCUUAGAUGUUACUUUACACGCUGAUGCUAUCCACAGAGGUGGUGGUCAAAUUAUCCCAACCAUGAGAAGAGUUACCUACGCUGCUAUGUUGUUAGCUCAACCAGCUAUCCAAGAACCAGUCUUCUUGGUUGAAAUUCAAUGUCCAGAAAACGCCAUUGGUGGUAUCUACUCCGUCUUGAACAAGAAGAGAGGUCAAGUUGUCUCUGAAGAACAAAGACCAGGUACUCCAUUGUUCACUGUUAAGGCUUACUUACCAGUUAACGAAUCCUUCGGUUUCACUGCUGAAUUAAGAAAGGCUACUGGUGGUCAAGCUUUCCCACAAUUGAUCUUCGAUCACUGGGCCGUCUUAGGUGGUGAUGUCACUGAUCCAAACUCCAAACCAGGUGCCAUUGUUAAGGAAAAGAGAGAACGUCAAGGUCUUAAGCCUGAAGUUCCAGGUUACGAAGAAUACUAUGACAAGUUAUAA